GACCUAGGACGAGACUACUUUCGUGUGUCAUACUGUAACCAUAAAUUGGAACCCCCCUUUAUCAUAGAUUCAAGCCCCAUCAAGUACUCCAGACAAGAAUGGAGUACUUCGACUUCGAUGAAGCCUCAUAUGGUUCCAACGUGCGUGAAGAUGAUGUUGCCUCGGACAAUCUCGAGUUCGACGAGAACGAGGCCGCUGAAAACUACAACGCCAUCUUCCAGGAACAGAGCCUAGAGUUUCCCAACGACAACGACCUACCGGAGCAAGAUGCCGGUGAACUAGACAACGGCGUCUAUCCCAUGAGUCGUGCCGAGGAGCCAUGCGACUUUUGCAGGCACAUGAAUCUCGAUUGCUUUGUCGCAAAGAGUGGAGUGAUGCGUCCGAAUGGUUGUACUUGCUGCAUUUCGCUUUAUCGCGAAUGCAGCUUCACCCACGCUCGAGCACCCGGCAAGUUCUUGGAUACCUUACAUCCAAUCUCCGAAAAUACCUACAUCCAUACCGGUGGUUUGACCGGAAAGAAGGCGCUCAAAUCGUUGUCCUUCAUUGCUGAAGAUGAUGGCCGAGCGAGGAAGAGCAAGUCAAGACUGGCGCGGGAAGCGGUCCGCAUCCUCAAAGCAUGGCUCCAGGAACAUUGGGAGCACCCCUAUCCAACAGAGCAGGAAAAGGACGAGUUACAGCAACGCACAGGUCUGAAGAGGAUGCAAAUCUCCAACUGGCUUGCUAAUGCUCGGAGACGUGGUAAAGUUCCUCCUGGGCCGCGCAACUCGUCCGCGACGGGCGCAAUCAACAUUCCCGGACAAAAAGGCGUGGACGUCACUUACAUGACACCCAUCGAGCGUUGGAAGCACUCGCCCCCUGAAAACGAACCCGCUGCCACCUCUGAUAUUCUGCGAGCCCUGGUGACGACCGACCUGAAACAUGACCGACAGCGCGCAUCCAGACCAGGUCACGUGCGUUCCCUUUCCCGGAAGACUGGGUCUAGCAAUGACUCAAGCCAUGCCAACUCCAAUUUGUUCCAUGCCCCCUCGGUCAGUAGUCAGGAAACAAGUCAAUCGGCCACUCGUUCUUCUAUAUCAGAUCUCUCUUUUGCCUCUGCCUUCUCCCACCGAUCCUCUCUCGGUUCCUUCGGCUCUAUGGAGCGGAAGGAACGCCGUCGCCGGCGCAAGCCCUCACUUCCCGUCAACACCUUCAAUCAACAAAAGGCACGCAAUGCCCGCAUAUACCAAUGUACUUUCUGCACCGACUGCUUCCAAACCAAGUAUGACUGGCAACGUCAUGAGAAGUCACUACACUUGGCUCUCGAAAAGUGGACCUGUUCGCCUUUGGGGGGAGUGGCCUUCAUAGAUGACGCCAACCGUUGUGUAUUUUGCAUGGCUGUUGAUCCCAACGACGAUCAUCUAGAAUCACACAAUUACAGUAUCUGUCAAGAGAAGACACCCGCAGAGCGAUCCUUUUACCGGAAGGAUCACCUCAACCAGCACUUGAGACUGAUGCACAACGUCAAGUUUAACUCAUCCAUGAACGCCUGGAGGAGCACUCUCACAGAAUUCAAAUCUCGGUGUGGAUUCUGCGGGCUGAGUCUAACAACUUGGAAAGACCGAGUUGACCACUUGGCUUCCCAUUUCAAGAAUGGCAGUACCAUGGCGCAGUGGCAGGGCGAUUGGGGGUUUGAACCCUUUAUUCAGGGUCUGGUCGAAAAUGCAAUGCCACCGUAUCUCAUUGGCGGCGAGCAGAAGACUCUGAAUCCUUCCAGGCCACCCAAUGCUGCACAAUCAACCAAUCUGCUUCAACCAGAAGAUGCGAAUUGUUAUAGGCGCCUGCAGCGUGAACUCACCGCAUAUAUCCACAACCAGAGGGCCGCCGGUACCAUCCCAACAGAUCGAAUGAUACAGGACGAAGGCCGGCGAAUCAUAUAUGGAAGCGACGACCCAUGGAACCAAACGUGCGCCGAUAACUCAACUUGGCUCAGCCUGCUGAAGCGAGACACAGGACUCGAAGUUCUCCCUGGGUCAGAGCACAUUCAACUAUCCGAUUUGGGUAUGCGACCGCCAUUUGCUGCUGCUGACGGCCUAAGACAGGCCCCAGCCGAAACCAGCAUGUUAUCCAGUCCUCUCUACCCCAGACAGGGCACAUUUAGUCCUGUGACCCCCAACUCUGGACUCCAGAGCCCCGCCUUUAUGGGGCACGGUCGGUCUUCCUUUGCUGCGAGUGCUCCUGGGAGCUCGACUGGCAGCUAUGCCGAAAGUUCUGGCUUUCUCCCGUCUCGGCCCUAUUCCAGGCUGUCGGCUGACGUGGGGAGUACCCUGUCUGCUGGCAUUGCGUCCCUCAACACGCCUUUGAGCGGAUCUGUUGACCAAUUCGUGCAAAUGGGGUUCGAUCCCGAGUUCUUACAACAACUGAAUGAGCGGUAUGAUGAGUUACCGUUGGACGAUCUGCAGGGGCUAUGCUUUGAAGAGAGUAGUAGGCGUGAGAGUGAAGUUGGAGCUAGGAACGUUGGACAACAUCAGGUAGAGCCAACUGGAAAAGCACUGCCUUUCUCUACACCUGUCUCCGCUCCCAUAACCAUCCCCGGUAUGCGGAGCUCCGAUGUGUUUGUGUCCGAUACUGGUCCCAACGAGGAGCUUGCGCCCACGACGGAUCUGGGAUAUUCAGGUAUGCAUGAGGGCCGUGAGCAGAUAUAAUGGUGAUUGAUGACGGAAUCGGUGUUGUAGAUAUGCGGCAAGUGUAGAUAGUCCAUGACUG